ACUUGACAGUGACACUUGCAAUAUAUGAGAAACAGGAGUACCGAGCAAGUUUGGUCGCAUUUUUUGAGGUUACAUUUUUAGUUUUGGAUAAUAUAAAUGGUUUAUUCUCGUUUUAGUGUAAUAAAAUGUCGUCAGCGUUAGUCCGUGAAGCUCUAGCAUUUGUGGAUCAAGAAGAAACUAAAGUUAGAAGCAAGAAACGUCGCGUGGAGCGUAGUCGACCCCAACACAUAGGUCAAGUGUCCAGCCAUCCAUACAAGCAAAAAAACAAAAAACAAACGAAAUCUAUAGUGAAAACUAAAGUGGAUAUAGCAGAAGAGAACAUAAAGAAGUUCUUAGUAUUGUCUUCACCUACUGCAAAUAAGGCUGUCGCUGAAAAGAUAGUCCAGCGAGCAAUAAAAGGCAAACCACUGGCUGAUAAAAUUGAAAUUAAAGUAACAGAAGAAAAGUCAAUUUUAUUCCCAGAAGACGACUGUAAGAAAAUCAAAAGACGUAAUAGAAAGUAAUACCUUUUGCAAGCUGUAACCAGAAAGUAAUGUCUUUAUGGACAUUCCUGAUGCAGUUUUGGGUAAACUGAUUUCAGUGGCUACAUUGACUGUUUUCACAAUUUUUGUGUUUUGGAUUAACUGU